AUGUACUGGCGAAAACAUCUUAGAAUUCUUUUCAUUGUGACUCUGAUGUGGCAGGCCAUUCAUUUAGGAAAAGGCCGUGAAAAAGAAGAACUUGAAAAAAAUGUGAAAAAUGUCAGCACCACAGCACAAAAGCAACAGCCUAAGAAUUCAUUGACAAUUAUAGAUGCUUUCAGUGACAUGAAUCAGAGUUACCAAAGCAGAAAGCAACAAGGUUCCAGGGAAUUUGUACCUUUCACUGGGAUUACAGAGAGUAAAAAUCUGAACAGGAACUGCUGCCAAAAUGGAGGGACCUGCAUCCUAGGGGCUUUCUGUGCAUGCCCAAAGCAUUUUAGUGGCCGACACUGUGAACUAAGAAAGUGCGGCAGCAUUGCCCAUGGCGACUGGGUGAUGAAGGGCUGCUGGCUGUGUCGGUGUCUCUAUGGCACUCUGAAGUGCCUCUCUCAAAACUUGCAAGACAACUGUGAACUGAGAAGGGAAGAGGAAAUUAUCAGACUGUAUUCUAAUGGCCCAAGAUUACAGCAAACAAUGUCUGCACUGAUUUGCCUUCUCACCUUGCUCCUGGAGCUCUGCGGCUGGCAGUUGUGA